CUUAUCUUUCGUUCUACGCGCAGCGUCUCUGAAAUCUGAAAACUCGACAGUGCAGACGAGAAAACUAUAUAUCUCUCUGCAGGUCAGUCUAAAUUUGGUGCGCGCAAAUUAAGCGGAUUGAUUUGUGUCGGAGAUCAAAAUGUAUUCCGGCAAGGAAGAUAUAAGCGACCACUUUUACAGCGGUGUCCGACCGCCGCCGUACCAGCCUCUCGACGAGGAUGCUGCUCGGCCCCACAUCGCUCAAGACCAAAUGCACCCUGCGCCACCCCCGGCGCAGCAGCCCAUCGGUUUGAAUCACCUCCUAAACCCUGAUGAAGAUCCGAACGAGGUGGCUGUGACCCAGCAACCGCGCAUGAUGGUCAUGCAGAAUCGUGACACAAUACAACACUUACUUGUGCGGGACCUGAAGGGUCUACCCCACCACAGCACUUCAGUCACCUGCUCAAACUGCGGCAUGGUCGUACCUACCAGGGUCAACCACAAGGCGAUUUGCAAAACUCACUGCUGGGCUUGUUGCCUCUUCCUCUUCUUUUGUUGGCCAUGCAUUUGCAUCCCGUACUGCACCGCAGGCUGCCGGAAGACCAACCAUUACUGCACCCGAUGCGACAGCUAUUUGGGAAACUCUAACAUGUAGAAUCAAAUAUGCAAAUUCCAGAAAACAUGAGGACUGGAAACUAAUAAAUAUAUAACAAAGUUUUGGAAAUAAU